AUGAUAUUGAUUGUACAUCAAAGAUCUAUCGAUUGUGAAAAGAGAGUAGAGAUGUAUAUCAAUAACUGGAUUAUGCUCUUUAUUGAGCUGUUCGGUGUUGGUGUUGUCGUGUUUAUAGCAAUGAAACAAUAUAUAUCGUUCAAGAGAACUCCGUUCUAUGCAAUGUUCACUGCAUUCCUUGGUUGGUAUUUAUGUUUCAAUAUCGUAUUUCUAGUUCCUCUUGAUAUCACUGCUACGAUUCAUGGAGAAUGUUUAGUAAAAGCAAAUGAUACAUGUACCAUUAAUAAUACAACAAGCUGUGAAAUUAAUAAUAUGUGUCCAGAGCCAAUCAGUUACUUACCAGAUGUUAUUGUUGUCAAUCAGUGGCGUAUUCUCUAUUGGGGAACGUUUGUGUUGUCUUGGCUGAUCUUCCCGAUUCUUCAAACGUUUUCGGGCACAGGAGAUUUCCGUAUUCGUGAACGUCUGCUGCGUGCUAUCAAAGAAAACAUUAUAUUGUACUGCUUUAUGGGUAUCGUUGGUCUGAUAACAUUGAUUAUAAUUCUGGCGAUGCGUCUCCAGGCAUUGGCGACACUGGUUCAGUCAACCUUUAUCGUUUUGAAUGUCUACGGUCUGGUACUGGUCGUUGUGACAAUGGGUUUCGGUUUGGUGGACGUACCGCGAAACCUUCUACGAAAAGGUGACUACUAUAGAACAUUGCGUCACUAUCGUGUGCAUGCAUUGGAGUUGAAAAACGAACUCGAUGAAUCCACCAAGAAACUGGAGCAUCACUUGCGUCUCAUUAAACAAACAUCGGAUCGUGCCGGAGAAUAUCAUCCAUAUCGUCCAUACCUCGAUAUCAUUAUUUCCAAAUGUCCGUUGGAGUUUGACCAGGUCGACACUGAAGAUAUGUCAGAGGCAAGCGAUGAAAUUACCUAUUCAAAGGUUGUGGAGAUGCAUGCCAAUCUCAUGGAUUUCACACAUCAGGCGGAACGUGCUGAUACAUCAUAUAAAAGACUACUGGGUAAAGCAUUCGCCACAGAAGAUAUUAUAGCUACAUUGGAGAAGCCAUCCGACCUGAGAUCCGGUAAGAUCGAAUGGAGUUUCAAACAGACAUCAAGUAAUCCUACAAAAGCUCGUUGGGAAUACUACUGGCAUCUCUAUAUCUACCCCAACUUUUACAAGGCUUUGGGUGCACUCGGUGCCAUAAUGUCACUACUAAUUGUUUGGGCUGAAAUUUCAAUGGCCUUUUCUUCAAGUAAUCUAGCCAACGUGAAAUCACCAUUUGCAAUGAUUAUUAGAAGUACUGAUGCAUCAAUGAAUGGAUUAGGAUUACAAAUAUUUUGUUUCAUUCCAUUGAUAUUGGUUCCACAACAACAGACCAACUCGCUUAGUAUUAUGUUCAGCUCCAACUAUUUAGGCAGAUUGGCAGCACCACUCUCUUACAAUUUCCUGCAGAUCUGUGGACUGACUGGCAGUAAUUUUAACAGUGCCAUGGGUGAUAUGAAUGCAUUUGCUCUCAAUAACUUUAACAAGUAUUUCCCAUUCAUCGUUGUGUUUGUGUGUUUAAUUCCAUUGUUUCAGAUUCAUACACGUCUUGCGAGUAUGUGCUGCAUCAAGUCGAUGCGUGUCACCACCGACAAUUCUGAAGCCGCUGCCGAACUGGGAUCCAAGAUUCUUAAAGAGGUGCGUGAGAAUCAGGUCGAGGGUGUACCACCUCCAAAGACAAGAAUGUCCAUCAUCAAAGAUAUUAUCACUGGCAAGAAGUCAAAGAGUGGAAGUGGUUCGCCAAAGGAUGGCGCCAGUCAAGAAGUGAAGCGUCCCACCUACAAACCACCUUCAUCGAAUCGAUCAACCGUUAUGAUGGGACUAUCGAGAGAUUACACAUCCAAGAGUGGAACUACAUUCAAAUCGACAAAAUCUGAAAACAAUGCAAUUUUAACCAUCGACAACAACAACAACAGUGGCAGUAGCAGUUAUAAGAGUAUUAACAAUGAUCCACUCAUUCCAAAAUCAAACAGCAACGCUAGAUUGGAAUCGAAAGGUAUCAACUAUUGGGAUAAAUUAAACUUUAAAUAUAAUCAAGAUGAUUCCGAUGACGAUAUAGAAAUGGGUAAAUUUUAA